CAUCUUGCAAGGCGCUUUAAAAACUUGAAUUGAGAGAUUUUCUUUCAGGAAUUUAAAGAGAAAUAAAACCCAAGUCCGUCGCUGCUGCUUGUACGCGCGGGGACUUGGCGCUUAAAGCAUGCAUUGUAACGCUUCAUGCGUUUUAAACCCAAAAACCGAAAAAUUGUAAAGAAUCAAGUACUAUCGCACCUUUUUGUGCCUGGUACUUGACUUCCGCGGGAUUAUUUGUAAGAUACUAAUCAAAAUUUUACCUUUCAGAUUAAUAUUUCCCUACUGUUGAUACUAAUAACUUUCCUUACAGGUCCUAAUCAUUACUACUUAUUUGCAAUUUGAUUACUAAUGAAAAGUUUAUUACAGAUGUUAGUUCUUAGUCUAUAUUUCUAUUGCUAAUCAGAUGUUGUUCACAGGCUGUCCCUGGCUAGUAAUAUGCAGUUUGCUUUCUGAUUUCAGGAAUUCAAACUCCCGAAAGACUCUAGAUUCUUUCAGAUUCUUAGUUUUAAUAUUAAUCAGAUGCUGUUUAGAUUCUACUCUGCCGGACUUGGGAUGCUGAGUUGUAGUGGUUUGCAUGGGGCUCUCGGCACAGUAUGUAGAAUAUAUGAUACAUUACAUAUUCUACAAACUGUACUUUUGGCGAUCGUUCCACUUGGGGAAAAAAUCGAAACGAGCCGAGGACGCUACCUCGUUUCAAGUGGUUGUCAUCGUUGAUACUAUGUCCAUAGAUCUAUGGCCCUAAAAAUUGGAUCUUAUUACACAAAUGAAAGUUUUACUCAUAGGUGUAGCUGAACAAUUUAUAUUGAAACUUUACAAAAUUAAAUUACCAUUCAGGUGAUAAAUACGAAAAUGAUUUCCCUGGUUGUGACCGAUUGAUUUAUCGACGAUCACAUUAACUGCAGUCGGUAUGCACCCCUAAGUGUGAGGAGGCUUUCAGGCGUAUGGAUGGCACUAGUAUCUCCUUUUCACAAAAUCACCACGUGUUUGCGAGAGUGGUCCAGAAGAAUUAUAGAUUAUAGUGGCCCAGAGCGUUGCCCAGAGUAGCCUCCGCUGUGCCUAGUCGCAUGUUUUUUCGCACGAAGUAGAUUAUCCACUUCUCGAACUCAUCAUUAUGAAACUUAAAACAGCUAAAUCACCGAAAAUUGCCAAAAAAAAUGUUAAGCUCAAGGGUCGUGGUGCAAAAAAUCGUGAAACCAAUGCAGUAGUUGAACAGUUUUCGGGAAUACACGAGCAUGAAAGCGAGGACGAGAAUGAGAUCAUUGAUGGGGGUAUUCAGUUUGAGAGCAAUGAAAAUGAUGAAGAGAAUGAUGAGAGCGACAGUGAAAGCAGCGAGGUUGAUCCCACAGAACACAAGAAAUCAUUGAUGAAAUUGAAAGAAACUGACCCAGAGUUUUAUAAGUUUUUGGAAAGUACUGAUAGUAAUUUGUUGGAUUUUAAAUUAUCGGACGAGGAUGAUGAUGAAGAUAGAGAUGAUGAGAAUUCUGAUGCAUUGGAUACCUCAAGACACACACCCAACGCUAGCCUAGAGAUUGCCAGUGAUGAAAGUGAUUAUGAGGAUGAAGCACAUAUCGAAACUGGUCAUACCGGAGGAACGAUCAAAGUCACACAGCGAUUGUUGAGUACGUGGCAAACUAACAUUAGGGUCGAUCGAACCUCGGUCACUAUAAAAUGUCUCACAGAAGCAUUACAUGCCGCUCUGGUCAGCAUUACCGGAGAUCCAGAAGAGUCCUUGAAUCUAUCUUACAAGGUUGAAGGGAGUGCAAUAUUUAACGGCAUCAUACAACUAUGCGUGAUAGAACUCCCAUCUGCUCUGAAACGGUUCCUCAAUGUUACUAAAGAUGCAAGAUUUGAACCACACAAAGCUAAGAAAUUCGUCAAAGUAAAAAAUACUUUGAAAUGUUACUCAAAAGACUUAAUUAAUAUAUUAGAAAAUGUUGCUUCGCCAGAUAUAUUGGCAAUUCUCUUGAAGCAUGUCCAUCAAAUGCUACCCUACUUCCAGUCGUUUUCAACCAUGGUAAAACGACUGCUUAAGUUACUUCUAAAAUUCUGGUCCGGCGCUGAAGAAAGCGUCCGCGUUGUAUCGUUUUUGAGUAUAUUACGCCUUGCGACUACCCAGAAAGAUGCACAGCUCGAAACCCUGUACAAGACAAUGUAUGUUAAAUAUGUCGAGAAUGCAAAGUUUGUAUCACCUUCAACAUUGCCUGGAAUUAAUUUCACUCGACGCUCCCUUGCUGAAAUAUACCUGUUGAACACCGACCUAUCAUAUAGACAUGCUUUUCUUUAUAUUCGUCAAUUGGCUAUCCAUUUGAGGAAUGCUACAACUUUGAAAAAAAAAGAAAAUUUCCAGACAUUAUACAAUUGGCAGUUUAUGAACUCCCUACAGUUGUGGGCUGAGCUCAUUUCUAUGUCCAAACCACAAUCUGCAUUGCGGGAUUUAUUGUAUCCUCUAGUACAGAUUAUAAUUGGAACUAUGAAAGUAAUUCCAACCUCUCAGUAUUACCCAUUGAGAUUUCACUGUGUAUCAAUGCUCACAAAAUUAUCAAAGAGCACCGGCGUCUUCAUCCCAGUACUUCCAUACCUGCUCGAGGUUUUAAAUUCGCACGACUUCAAUAAAAAACAUAAACAAGUAUCAAUGAAACCGAUAUCUCUGUCAUGCCUCCUCAGAGCCUCAAAGUCACAAAUGCAAGAGAAUGGGUAUAACAACGUUGUGAUUGAGACCAUCUAUGAAUUGAUUCUUGAGAACGCGUCCAAGGACAGUUGUUCCAUAGCUUUUUCAGACAUCUACGUGCCAUGCUGUAUUCAGUUGAAAUGUUUUCUGAAAGUCUGCCGUGUCGCCAACUACUGCAGAAAAAUGAAGCAACUUCUAGACAAAAUUCAAGAAAAUGCUAAGCACAUUGACGAGGCACGGGCCAAGAUCGUCUUCGAUUUGGGCGACAUGCCACAAAUACAUAAUUGGGAGAAUAGCAAACGAACAGAGGGUACGCCUGCAUCAAAGUUUUAUGAGGCUUGGUUCAAGGUUCAUGAAUCGCAAAAACUUAAAGCCCUCACGCAGAACGAUCAGAUAGCAGAGUAUAACUUACCAGCUCUCAGGAAAUCUAAAAAACGACGAAUUGACGAAACCUUAUUGGAUGGCGAGGAAGACGACGAGGCCACUGAAUCAGAUAGUGAUAUUCCAAAGAAGGUGAAAUCAAUUCGAAAGAAAAGCGAUAAUAAAAUAGCGAAUAUUCAGCGUCCGAUAGAUGUCGGCCGGGAUAAAGAUACGGAUUUAGACAUUGUCCGGAAUAUGACGAUAAGUGAUUGGGACUAAAAAAAUACUAAACCACGAACUUAUGUACAUUUCUAUAAAUCCAUGAGAUUCUCUCGUCGCCAAUGCAACUUGUAGUUAUUCUUCCAAAUGCUUAUCUGAUGUUUUCAAGUCCGCGUGAAUGACGGAUAAUUUGUUCUAGAAAAAAAAAUUGAUGCAGGAAGAAGAAAAGAAAUGGAAUUACACGUACCUAUGGACAUACAAGAUCCAGCAAAGAGAGAUUUUCUUGAGAACUUGACCACUAAAAUAUUGCACGUUGAAAUGGAUGAAGGAGAGAUGAAACGAAUUGAUUUACAAAAAUUAUUGACACCGGCUAACGAUUCGGAGGAACUACUCCACAGUAAAAACA